CUUCCAACACGGACACACAUUAGCAAUGUCAGAGAGAGCAUGUGACCUGGGCACAGACUGGUAGACAAAGGCUGAUGCUGGUAGACUGAAAGAGAGCUGGUGGGCUGAACAGAAUGUAUGUCAUGAAUGCCAGAAAGAGAGAAAGAAAGAAGCCACGAGGUGAAAAAAGGAAGUAGAACAAAAGGGUGUGGCCAGCCAACGGUUUGAUUUAGCAACAUCUGUACUGUUGGACGCUGAGACCUGAAACUGACGCACAGUUUUUUCAGCAUGGCAACUAAGAGAGUCUGGGCAGGAAGUGCACUAUCAUUGAUCAUUUUCUUCUUCAGAGCAUAUGCCAGUGGAAAUGAUACUCUCUCAAUGGAUGGCCAACCUUCUUCAGCGCCUUCUGUCACCACAAAACUUACAUCAGCCGAGAAAGCAUAUGCCAGUGGAAAUGAUACUCUCUCAAUGGAUGGCCAACCUUCUUCAGCGCCUUCUGUCACCACAAAACUUACAUCAGCUGAGAAAGCAUAUGCCAGUGGAAAUGAUACUCUCUCAAUGGAUGGCCAACCUUCUUCAGCGCCUUCUUUCACCACAAAACUUACAUCAGCCGAGAAAGAUGGAGUAAAAACAACUGAACUUGGUACAACUGCAUCGCCCUUUGAUGUUCAGCACACUAAUGAGAAAACUACAGGUGUUACAAUCACUGUUACAGUCAAUUCUGUGACCUCGGACACCUACAAAAACAAUGCCAUUCCCAGUAUGGAAAGAAAGCUAGAUGAUAAACGGGAUGAUUCCUUCAUAUAUGAUGAUAAAUGGGAUGAGCCCUUCAAAUAUGAUUAUACCUCUCUGAGGCAGGCAGGGCUGACUAUAGCUACUGUGCUCUUCCUGUUGGGCAUCAUGGUGAUUACAUGUGGCAAAAUGAGAUGUGGCCGCCGUUGUCGCAUGGGCAAAGGACGAUCAUAUGAUGUGACCAGAAUGUAAUUCAGACCAAAAAGGCCCAACAGGCGAGCAGCAGCAUGAGACAGCCAUCCAGUCAGACCUGUUCUCACUGCACUCUGUGUCCGUGUGUGUGUGUGUGUGUGUGUGUGUGUGUGUGUGUGUGUGUGUGUGUUUGUGUAAUUUAUUCAUAUUAAUUAUAAAUAAGACAUGAUGGAGAGAAAAUCUGCCUGUCCCCAGUGCUCGAGCUUUGCUAUGUGUACCUGUGCAUGUGUACAUUUGCACAAUGUAAAUCUGACCUCCUGGUUUGUAGCAAAAGAGGUGGAGGGGAAUAUGGACAUGUGCUGUCAUGCUGCACCAAAGGGCAUCCACCCCUAUUCAGACAAAACACACACACACACACACACACACACACCUCUGACUAACACGUCUCUGACACACACACACACACACACACACACAUCUCUGUAUGUCUGACUCUGUCUGCUCUCCGUGCUGUCACAUUUCUUACAGUGCUCCAUGUCUGUGUUUCCUUUCAUAACACAGAGUUUAUCAUCCUUGUUAAUGGGGGAAAAAGGCUUUUGUGGCUCAAAAGUGCCCUCAAGAGGCUUAAAAUUACUUUUGGCACAAAACCAAUAAGUUUGAGGUUUCAAAGAAGGAAAUAAAGCUAUUUUAUAUGGAUGAGGUAAUUAUUUGUUCUUGGUGUGUCUUGAAUCACAUGACUGGUCUCCCAAGCCUAUUAAGGACUUGUCAAUACUUGCUCACUGCUUCUGUGCCUUUAGUCAUAGCUCACAGAAAAAAUAAGACUCACUUUACAGGAUACGAACACUCACCAGGGCACAAAAGAUGACUGUAAACAAUGGAAAACAGGAACAUGCUGACGGCAGACAACAGCUAUCAUCGUGGUAAUCUUAGUACUGGAAUAUUUCCAUGACUUAAAGAGAAAACAUGUUCAAAUGGUACAAACAUGUCCAAAAUACAAAGCUGGUUUGCUCAGAGGUUUGAAAUCACACCAGCAUUUAAGCUUUUCUUUGUGAUGGGAUCUUUAUCUUGCUUUCAUCACUCCAGAAAGUUAAAAAAAUAAGGGAUAAAUGAUGUUUGAAGAGAAAGAAAAAUAUAUAUUUUAUUUAGAUAUUUUGAUAGUACAUGAAAAUAAGAAUUAUAAAUCUCUUAAACAUUUAUCUUCAGUAGAAAUUUCAAAGCCAUUGCAUCAUUCCUUGAGUGAGUAUUAACCUGAAAAAUCAUCACUAUAUAGCAUGAUUGCAGACAGGAUAUAAAAAAAUAAAAUGAAAAAAAAAAAAAACAGCAACAACAACAAAAAACCUUUCAUAAAUGUGACAGUUUAUAUUCCUGUUCUCAUAAACAACAAGUAACACUCUAAUUUGAAUUCCCUAAUAUCGGUUCAACCCUAAAGAGAAAUAUGAUUUCACAUGAUUAGAAAGUGAACUUGCUGACGGACAAUGCAGUAUAAACAUUUUGUUAUAAAAAUAUCUAACGACAUAACCAAUCCUAAACAGCAGAAUAUAUUAACAAAGCAGUUACAGCACAGCUUCUCAACAUCACUCCUUAAAGACAACGCAUUAAAAUCAUGAGUGCUAAUAUGGUGUUAUAAACGAAAGUGGAGCCUGAUAACUGAAAAAUUAUCAAAUGUGCUACUUAUCAAACCUCUAUAAAUGUCACUGAGAUGUGCCUAAAGGCAGACUUCAAAGAAGUCUUUAAUGAGAGGUCCCCCCUCUCGCCCCCCCAUGAUUUAUGGUUAAUAUUCAUGUUGAGAUUUUGAAAAUAUGCUGUUGUUUUGGGUUUUUAGGCUUCCAUUUAGGAUUCCAUUCAAAACAUUGUUUUUCUUAUUGUAUCCAUAUAUUGCCUCAUUACAAGCCAGUAACAGAUGUUAUAAAAUGGCUAAGUUCAUGUUCAUUUCUCUUCUAAUAAAGUCGUUUCAGACAUGACAAAGAACGGGCACUCUAAAGAAAAUCUGUCAUCCAUACAUCUAUUUUCUGUACCGCAUAUCCUUACUGGGUCAUGGGGAACGUGGAGCCUAUCCCAGGGAGCAUGAGG